ACGGUCGAGCCGGCUCUCGAAACAGCCUUUCCUUGGCUUCGUCUUCGCUGCAAUUCUUCUACCGUGUCCUGCCGUGCGAGAGUAUCAUGAAACGAAGCGCAGAAUCCCCUUCGACGAUCUUGCGUGCACGACCAUAAACUGCCCAACUUAUGCCUAAAGUCAUGACUUGCGAAUCGCACAUGUAAAUACCUGGUCGACCCCAACGCUUUCCGCCUCUCCGCAUCCAUACCAGUCAACGCACACUGUUCUCGUGGACGAGACCCUUGGUCAUCUGGAGAUUCGAGGUUCCGGAGCACAUUGAACUACUACGUAUUGCCUGUCAGAUCAAGGUCUUGGGUGGUGGAAGCCCGCGGAUUACCCAUGCCACAUACUGUACAAGGUCUCCCGGAAACCGCUCCUCUUUGACUUCACGCACACAAACUCAGUCUGCCAUCGAGCUCUCGGUCUGAUCGGCCGCUUCGUGACAUCCGAGGGCACAACUUCUAUUAUUAUUCUCGAAACGAUCGCCAUCCCCAGACCGCCUGUCACCUCUGCGUCCGCGAAACCGCAAAUGUGGUGCACGAAGGAGUCCUAGGACGCAACUAUACCAGCAACAAUCAUGACUCUCAGACUUCUUCAACGUCAGGCGACGGGUCCGCCGCCGGAUCCAGCUCGAUGCGCAGAGAGCAAUGCUCACGAGAUCCUGGGUAUCACGGGAGCCAUGAUGACUCUGGCACUCAUCACCUGUGGAACACGAUUCGCCGUCAGAAUCCUCAUGGUCAAAUCUUUUGGAGCCGACGAUUAUGUCAUGCUAUCUGCUUUACUGCUUGCCAUUGCGACUUUCGCAUGCUUCAUUGGCGAAGUACAUGACGCGCAGGCAGUCGGUCGACAUAUCGAAUGCAUAUCACCAGAACAGAGCUCGUUGUUCGCAAAAUGGAUGUACGUCCACUCACUCAUCGUGAUGUGGGGUGUGGUCUUGGUCAAAAUAUCCAUCGCAUUGUUCUUGAUGCGCCUUGUGCCACCUGGAAAGAACUGGAAGGCAAUUCUGUGGGCUACAAUCGUCUUUCUCAUAGCAUUCAUGCUAGCUUGCACCGGCACUCUCGUCUUCCAAUGCUGGCCGAUCAAAGCAGCCUGGGACUUCGCAGCUCGGCAAACGGCGAGCUGCUUUUCCAACGAUACCUUCUCUGCCAUUGGUCUGAUGAACAGCUGCAUUAAUGUCGUGACCGACUUCCUCCUGGCCGCCUUACCAAUUCCUGUCAUCAUCAAGCUGCAAGUGAACAGACGCACCAAAAUCUCCCUGAUCGCCAUUCUCAGUCUUGGAUACUUUGCCUGUGCAGCCGGAAUUGUCAAAGCUGUCAAGCAAUCCCGUUGGUUCGAUGAGGCCGAUCCAUUCUGGCACAACUCUUUCAAUGUCUGGAACAUGAUCGAGCUUUGCAUCGGAAUCACAGCAGCUUCGCUUCCGGCCCUGCGGCCUCUCUUCGCCAAGAUUUUGGCAUCUACCAAAGAUGCUUUCAGCUACUCCUUCGGCUCCAAGGACCGCACGACUCCCAGCGCCAACCUCCGAUCCAAGAACAACCUUUCGGAAAAUCACGACGUCGCACUAUCCGACAUGAAGUACCUCAGCGCAUCGUCUCACAACGAUUCCAUCAGCAAGUCACACAGGAACAAAGCCAGCGUGGACGAAGAUCCGCUAUUCCCAACCGGUGGAAAACGAUAUACUGUCGGCGUGACUGCUACACACGAUCAUAGUGAUGAUGGAUCUUGGGAGGAUGUCGAGAUGGGAGGAAUGAGGAAUGGCAGCCAGGAACGACUGACACGGAAUUCGCUGACGACGACCUCGCCGACGCAAAACCACCAACGUCAGAUCUUCAAGACGACGGAUAUUACGAGCUCGUCACAUCAUGUCGACGAUGCUUCGGUGAGACAUUUGCGAUGAGCCAAAUUCCAAGCCGCGCCAUGUAGGCGCUUUUACCAAUAUUCAACGAGGACAUCUCGAGCUUCGAAACUGUAGGACUUUGUCACUUGAUUGUCAUUUCUGAUCCACACAAGAUGCAAUAGGAUUGGUCCUGGUCAACCAGACCAUUACGAUUUUACGAGAUCACGAUUCGCUUGGAAGAGCAGGAUAUAUUAUUAGGCACGCGCGGAAAGCUGCCAGAAGGGAAAGAAAGGGACACCAGUGGCCAUGUUCGCAAGCAAGCGAAUGGACAGAUAUUGGGCUUCAUAUGGGAAGCAAUCUCACAGGGAAAAGGCACAGGAUCUGGCCCGUCUGGAGUUCACACCGAGAGGAGAACGGUGUCUAGGCUGCGGCAGAACACGAUAUGCAUAUGGAUAUGGAUCCACUCCGGAUGCUGGCCCAAAUAGGACAUACUCUCGAGAGACUGCGACUCUGGAUACCACACGUGGAGACGAGAAGUCUCGAUACGACAUUCAACAAGCAAGCGUCAACUCAACAAAGCUUCAUCAAUCCACAUCGGAGAAUUGUUCAACCUCUAUUUAUUUUUGUGGGGAGUGGCAUGAUCGAUCACUAUAUCCACACGGCCCGGAAAAGAGCCAGAAGUGGAAGGUCGGGUCGGUGUCGGUUGAGAGUGGAGGAAUUAGGCAGAACUCCUCCUGUCUUUGCCGCAAUGAAUCUGUCGCAGAUAGUACAGAUGCGAGAUAAUGUAUACACCGCGAGAUUUGCACGCGUAUAUGUCUCAGACGUGAAUGUUGAGACAGC